ACUGGAAGACUCUCCCGGUCUUUUGAUCAAUCCGCUUGGAAAAGCACCGUGGCUGAAAACUUCGAAAAAUGGAAAAAGUAACAGUCGUCCAGGCUUUAUCCCCGUGUACGCUGGAGAGAUAAGGAACAGUGACCGUGGAUCUACCGGGGAUCCCACUGCGGCCGUUUCCACGCUGACAAUGCUGUCGACGGAGGAAAAAACGACGUUUUUCCUGCAAUUCCAUUGAACGUAAAUUUGCUCAUGGAGAAAGGAGCAAGUCGGGAGUCAUGAGCACAGGUGUGAAGAAGCCUCCUUUAGCUCCCAAACCUAAACUUCCAGCCACAUCAAAGCCCGCCCCCCCACCCAUCCCCCCCAAGCCAGGUCCACUUUCACAGUCUUCAUCAGUUUCCCAAACCUCACCUGCCACGCUCAAGAGGGCAAAACCGGCUGUUGCCCCCAAACCAUGUCUCCCCAGAGCCAAAGGUUCCCCUCCCCCCGUUUCGCCGCCGCCGCCUCCCAAACCCGCUGAACCCCUUAAUCUGUCUGAGGAGCAGCAGGAGACUUUAGAUGAUAACCUCCUUCUCCUCAACUCCAGGAAUGGGAUUAUAUCUAGGAGGCAUGAAUCGGAUUACAUCAUUCCCACCUGCUCCUGUGGGCGGGGCGACUGUUUCCAGUGUCGCCCUCUGGAAAACGGGAAUGCGGCUGAGGGCCACAAAGAGCCGCUGCAGAACGGGGUUUCCUCGGAGGGACCGGCAGAAACCCAGUCCGAGGAGAGGGAAGAACCUCGUGACAACAGGGGGGCUGCUGUUGAUAAGGGCGGAGGAGGGCGGAUGAGCAGGAAGCCCAAAGAUAAACCUCAAAGACACAGGAACGCAGUCCGGAGGCCGGAGAACAACGAGGCCCCGGGGACUGUGGAACAGAGGGGAGACGUUUUGGAAGCAGUCAAGGAGCAGGAACCCGAUCGCUCAACAGCUGAGGAGCUGACGGCGGCGCAGAGCGCUGAGGUAGCGGACCCUUCGCCCCCCCAUGAUGCUGCAGGCAGCAUCCACAGCUGGAGGAUCUCUCCUCUCAGCUCUUCCGAGGAACUCGCUCAGGUAGAACACAGUGACCCCGUCAGCAAAGCGCCUCCUCAGCUCGAUCUGCAGGUCCCUGCUCCCCCCAGUAAGCCUCUUCCGGUCCCUCAACCGCGUAAAAACAAGAAGCACGGCCUGAUGAGGCAGGACAGGGUGGAGAGCGGCCCCCAGGAUCCGGUGGAGGAGGACGGAGCUCCUGAGACCCAAGGAGCUGAGAGGAAACUGAGUUUGGCUCGUCUUUCUGUGAGCUCCGAGAUUCCAGCCAACGGGGACCCGGAACCCCCGAAAGACUCGGGGGACGAUGACACUCCUGUCCCACCCCCGCGACAGACCUCUCUCUCACCACGCCUGCAGAGAACAGUCUACACCCCCCCCUCCCUCCACAAAAAGAACUCCCACUCGUUGGACCAGCUUCCACAGCCGAACUCGACGGGCUACGGUAAGGAGGUGGAGGCGCAGCGGGUGGAGGAGGAUGAGGAGGACGGGUACGGAGACUUUGAGCGUUACCCCGUCACCCACAGCCUCCCCAAACAGAUCAAGCUGGGCUGCCAGGCGCCGCUGAGCGCCAGCAGGAGGGCCCUCUCAGCCGAGGAUCAGCAGUCCCCGCGGGCACCACCUCGGAAACCCCAGAGGCACAGCCUUCCGGCCGCGCCUCCCCCCUCCAUCUGUCCCCCUGCUCCCCCGCACGCCAACACCCCCAUGAGGGAGUUGCCGGCUCCUCCCCAGGAGAAAAGCCACUGGCGGUUCAAGCGACCCUGCGUGACAUUCUUCAGCCGGCAGAUCCCCUCCAGGAGCAGCAUGCCACCAAAGAGCCGAGCCCCCGUCCUGGGGUCCAAGCAGAGAGCGCAGUCCUUCUCCGCAGCUGACCUGGCGACCCGGGCGGACCCCCAAAAGAGGAGCCUCUCCUUCCGGAAGCUGCUAGAGCUCCGCCUGUCGAUGAAGAUGCUGCCAAAGCUGCUGGCCAAGGGGGGCCAGUCGCUGGACUGUACCAGCUUGGAGUCAAACGGCGGGGAGAGAAGUUUGGGGCGACCCAGCAGCUGCAUCGGGGAGGCCGACCUUUGUGGGGAAGGGGUCGAGGAGUCGGUGGAGUAUGAGAACGUGCCUCUGUACGAGGAGAUCCCCGAGUAUAUGAACCUGCCGUUUCACAGCGCCAGACUGGGCUGGUCGCACGACUCAUCUGACUCGGACAUCUACGAGGUCCAGGAUCCGUAUCCCAGAUGCCAGGACCACGAGUGCGAGAGCAGCUGCUUGGAGUACGAUGUCCAUUCCGAGGAAGAGGAGGAGGAGAUGCACAGCUCAGAUGAAGAAGACAACAGCUCCACCUGCAGCAAAGAGCACCUGGACGAGGCCGACAGACAGCAGGAGGAUGAGAUGAAGAGGAAGAAGGUGGUGCACAUCGCCCAGGAAAUCAUGAGCUCAGAGAAAGUGUUUGUGGACGUCCUGAAGCUUCUCCAUAUUGACUUUCGGGAUGCAGUUGCCAAGGCAACCCGUCAAAAUGGAAAGCCGGUGGUGGAUGAGCGGAUCCUCAAUCAGAUCUUGUACUACCUGCCUCAGUUGUACCAGCUCAACAAAGACCUGCUGAGAGAGCUGGAGGAGAGAGUUGGACACUGGAGCGACCACCAGAGGCUGGCCGACAUCUUCGUCCAGAAGGGUCCGUACCUGAAGAUGUACUCCACCUACAUCCGCCAGUUCGACAACAACGUGGCUCUGCUGGACGAGCAGUGCCGCAAAAACCUGGGAUUUGCUGCAGUUGUCCGAGAAUUUGAGAUGAGUCCGCGAUGUGCCAGCCUGGCUCUGAAACACUACCUGCUGAAACCGGUGCAGAGGAUCCCGCAGUACCAGCUGCUGCUCACAGACUAUCUGAAGAACCUUCCAGAAGACUCAGAGGACUACAAAGACACACAAACUGCUCUAAGUAUAGUGAAGGAAGUGGCCAACCAUGCCAACGACAUCAUGAAACAGGGGGACAACUUCCAGAAGCUGAUGCAGAUUCAGUACAGCCUCAACGGUCACCAUGAGAUCGUUCAGCCCGGCAGGGUGUUUCUGAAGGAGGGAACUCUGAUGAAACUGUCCAGGAAAGUCAUGCAGCCGCGCAUGUUUUUUCUGUUCAACGAUGCUCUCAUGUACACCACCCCAGUCCAGUCUGGCCAGUACAAACUCAACAGUGUUCUCUCUCUGGCUGGAAUGAAGGUCAGUAAACCCAGCCAGGAAGCCUAUCAGAACGAGCUGAACAUUGAAAGCGUGGAGCGCUCUUUCAUCCUGUCAGCCAGCUCAGCAACAGAAAGAGAUGAGUGGCUGGAAGCAAUCGCCAAAGCCAUCGACGACUACACCAAGAAGAAAAUAACCUUCAUUUCCAGCCGCAGUCAGGAGGAGGCAGAGGUUUUUGUCGACAACGGAGCCCCUUUGGGUUCAAAAGCUCCCAUCUGGAUCCCGGACUUGAGGGCCACCAUGUGCAUGAUCUGUACCUGCGAGUUCACGCUCACCUGGAGGAGGCAUCACUGUCGCGCCUGUGGGAAGGUGGUGUGCCAAGCGUGUUCCACCAACAAGUACUACCUGGAGUACUUGAAGAACCAGCCGGCUCGUGUGUGCGAUCACUGUUUCGCCAAGCUGAAGGAGAACAGUGACCGAUGCGCCUCGACUUCAGUGUCUCCGAUCAAGUCUGGAGCUUUCUCCUUCACCAGGAAGCAGAAGAAGAUUCCUGCUGCGCUAAAAGAGGUGUCUGCAAACACAGAAAACUCCUCCAUGAGUGGCUACCUGUACAGGUCAAAGGGCAACAAGAAACAGUGGAAGCGGCUGUGGUUUGUCAUAAAGAACAAAGUCCUGUACACUUACGCCGCCAGCGAGGACGUUGCUGCCUUGGAGAGCCAGCCCCUGCUGGGUUUCUUCCUGAGAGAGGAGAAAAACGGACCGGCUCAGAAGCUGCAGUUCAAGCUGUAUCACAAAAAUACACUGUUUUACAUGUUCAAAGCCGACGACAUCCCCACAGCACAGAGAUGGAUCGAAGCCUUUCAGGAGGCCAUGAUUCUUGAACAGUAGUCACCAUUUCAGAUGUUUACUGCCCGCGCCCCGCCCCCACUCAGUUCCAUAAUCAGCCCCCCGACUGAUCGCCCGCCUGUCAGGAAAGACUGGAGGUAGAUUCUGUCUACAGCACAGCCCACACCUGGAGACCCAGACAGCCGUCAAAGAGCUGGAGCCAACUCAUUCUGACGCGCAACCAUCAAGGCUAAGAGCGGGUCGGCGCCGCAGGUCGACGGGAAAGUCCAGACGUACGUGUGCGGAGGUGCCAGCUGCAGCAGUGGGGGUCACUUUCAGACCCUCAAGAGUCAGAGACAGAAAAGGUUUCGUUUUGGGGAAUUCAUUUUGCGCCAGAAAAAGACGAUUGGACGGCAAAGCGUCAAAGAACCAACAGUCAAGUGAAGUUUUAAAUGUGGAUUUGUCAGAAUCAUGAACGGUGAAUCAAAACAAAAGUUGGAUUUUACUGUGAAAAUCAAGGCGCAUGACACAUACUGGUGGAUAAUAUUUAGCUGUUCAGUUGAUCUCUAACCAUCAUAACCAUCAAAGCAUCCUGGAAAAAACUGGAAAUGUGUUGAAACUUGUAGAUAUUUUCAAAAUAAAAUAUGUCUGACCUGUUUAGCCAGAAUGGAAGGAUUGAGUUUACGGACACAAACAACAUUGACUUUCUGACUUCAAAAUCAAGAGCUAAUAUUUAUGAAUAGGAAGGUUUUUAUUUGCAAAACAGAGGCUGACACUUAUUUUGAAAGUCAUUUUCAUCCUUUUUAUAGCUUUAAUUUCUCAUUUAACGCAGAGCAACUUUAUUUUUGUUGUAAAAAAGCCACAAAUUGGUUUUAUUCUUUAAACUCUUUACAGUGUCUGGGAACAUCUAGCAUUCAGUUUGCAUAACAGCCCAAGCAUCAAUCAGUUUGAUUUGUUUCUUUUCAUUUAGAAAAUUCAACGUCUGCUCGAGACUUUAGAGCUCUUAGCUUUAUGUUGUAUUUAUUUUUCUGAGGAGAAAAAGCUGCCUCAGCUCGUGAUGAAGAUGCAAAGAGUUGAUCUGUUUGUACAUUAACAUUUGUAAACACUUUUCAGUGUUAGAGUCUCUUAUCAACAACUUUUCUAAACUGUCAGGCAACAGUUUUUAAUAAAACAUAGAAAUCUUUCACUCGU